GGGUUAAGAGGCCUCGUAAAGUUCACUAUGAUUAGCCAAUAUGAUUGGGUUAAGAGGCCUGCGUUGGAGGCCUAAUGGGCUUAUCCGGAAGCAAACAGACGUUUUAUCCUACCGGUUCCUUAAUCUUGACCGUCCAUUCACGAUGAUGCACGACGACGUGAGGAGGCCCGAAUCGUCACGCAUGCUGGAACGGUUCAGAUGUGCUCGAGUUCUGAUAAACCAAUGGCUGGGAUUCAGGGGAAGCGUUCAUGUGCUAUCUCUUCUCACAAUAAUAUAAGGCUAGUCGUCAACACAAGCGAGCGGGCGAGAGAGGGAGGGAGUGUGGAUUUCUCUGUUCCCUCGUCCUUCGUUGAUUCGAGAAAUGGAGCCCCUUCCUCUCGCAGCAGCCGCAGUAGUCGCGAAAUCGACCAGGGAUUGACAACCGCCGGCGGGAUUCUAAGCGGAGCCAGCUCGAGCAGGUGAAUCCAGGGGGGAGAUUCACUUUUUUACCUUCUAAUCCGAAGCUCGGGAAGAAUCUUUGAGGUGAAAUCCAGAGAAGGGAGAAGGAGUAGGAGCUCGCUCGUUGUCACUUCCUUCUUUUCCCUUUCACUCAAUGGAUUCGUUCCCAGCCGUAUUCCCCCUCAUCGAUCUCAGAAAAGGUGAUGUUCACACUUUGAGUCGUUCCUUUCGUAUGUUGGAAGAUCACAACAAUCAUAGACAGCUAAGGAGGUUAUCUGUUGGAAUAUGACAAGGGUGCAAGUAAAUUGAAAUAUACGAAGAGCAAUCCUACCUGAAACCUUGAAUUCUACAUGCCACUGCUGAUAUAUUUGUAUAGAUCUCCGCAUCUUAACAGUAUUUAGCUUCAUAUUUUGCUUUGUUUCCAGCAUACAGGUCCAAACUAGUUGUCAGAAUUACGAUUGUAAGGUUCCAAUUAAAUUGAGAAAAAGAUGGAACUGUAGUAGGAUAAAUGAAGUUGAAGUUGUCGGUAUGUGUGAAAAGAUGGAAUUUUGGCCCCCCCUCCCCACCCCAACCCGAACAAAAAAAAAAACACCUAGUUAUCUUUUCAUCAGUCUUAGUGUGUUUAUGGAUACACAAAACCAAUUGCAAGUUGCAACUGCCCGAUAAUGAAUUUCCUUGUCGUAAUUAUGAUCGUAAGGUUCCAGUUAAUUUGAGAAAAAGAUGGAACUACAGUAGGAAAAAUGAAAUUGAAGUUGUUGACAUAUGUGGAAAGAUGGAAUUCUGUCUAUGAAGUAUCCCCCCAAAAAAACUUAGGUAUCUUUUCAUCAGUCUUAGUGUGUUUAUGGAUACACACAAAAACAAUUGCAAGUUGCAACAGCCCGAUAAAAAAUUUCCAUAACCUUUACUGAAAUGAAACAUUCAUACUCCUUGAAGAAUGUUGGAUACUUAACUAUGACAAAAAAUGCCUUAUUUUUUGUUAUACAUGACGGAUAUGGUGUUUUUUAUUAUUGAAUUGUUUGGUAUGCUUGCUGUAGUUGUUAUGUGUAAACAUAACAUUUUCUGCAGGAUUGGGAUAACUUCUUCCGGGAACUUCUUUUUUUGUAAGAUAAAGAUGAACACGUCCAACAUAGUUUCAGACAGCAAAGACGUAAAGUUCAGUUCACUGAAUAAGGCUACUGCAUUAAAUCCCAAUGCAGCAGAAUUUGUUCCUUCAUGUGUUAAAUAUACUUAUGGAACCACUGAAGCCUUAAUUACUCCAAAGCUUGAUCUACCAGGAUCUUCUAGAAAAUCAGUCUUAGAUCGAUCAGAGUCCAACAUUUCAAAUAAUUCAGAUGAUGAGGUACACCAGUAUUGGCCUCAUCGGCUUCCAGACGACAUCACUCCUGACUUUGAAGUCAUGGGAGAAGAUGAGCUGCAUAAACCUGGACACCUUACACUAGCAGGUUUGUCAAUUCAUGAUAGUGUUGGACAAUCAAAAUUUUCAGGGUCAAUGACCACUAGUGGUGUAUUGGAUAUGUGGGAUCUAUCUUCUCCAACUCUUGAUAAUAUUAACUUGAGUGGAAAGAUGAGAUAUCCUGGAUCCAUCUAUGCUAAAGAACAACCAUCAGUUGCUUCAAUAACUUCAGCUGAUAAUUUAUGGAGUAAUCCUCUCAUAAAUGGUGAACAGCAGGAGGAGCAUCGUUAUAAUGGGAAUCAUAAUACCAGUUCAAUGGGUGAUUUGAUAGGUGAUAAUGUGUUUUUGGAGAAUUAUGUCACUGAUCCCAUAGAGUUCUUGUCAUCACAGUUCCCUGGUUUUGGUUCUCAGAGUCUUGCAGAUGUUUAUUAUGGGAAUGGAUGUGAUUUGAACUUAACCAUUGGGAUUCUAGCUCAGCUUGAGCUUCAAGUUGACAGUGGUUUUGGCCCAAACCUUGACUCAAAGUCCUCGGCUACCCCAAACUUUAGCCCACUGGACUUUCCUACCCUUCCAGUAGGAAACACUCAGAAUGGUUUGCCAAAGCCUGAUGGAGAAGAUCUCCAACAUGGCUUCAUUACAUAUAGAUCUCCUGGUAUAUUAAGAGGUGACAUUGAUUUUGCUCCAACUGUUAGAAAACUAGCAUUGCAGGAUCCUGGUCAUUGGAAGUAUGAUGGAAAUGGUACCUUUGAUGGUAGCACUGGUUCAAGUAGAAGUUCCAGAUUGUCAGGUAGCUCGUAUAAUGGUAGUGGCAGAGUUCGUUAUGGAGACAAAUGGAGUGGUUCAAGUGCAGCUCGGGCAUCUCCUGUUUGGCUUGAGACUGGGGAAGCAAUGGCAAAUAUUUAUACAGAAUCGGGGGAAGAAGCUCGUGAUUUUACACGUCUUCGAAAUGCAUGCUUUGAACAGGCAAGACAAGCCUAUCUAAUUGGAAACAAGGCUCUAGAAAAGGAAUUGAGUUUCAAGGGUCAGUUGUACAACAUGCAUAUGAAAGCAGCUCGUCAAAAAGCCAGAGAAACAAUUUUCCAGAAAAGUCAAAAUCAGCGGGGUACAAGAUCGGUUGAUAGAUCUGCAUGGUCUUCAUGUGCGUGAAGCUAUACAAGUUGUAGAUCGUGAAUUGAGCAACCUGAGGAGCACAGCUACGGCUACCGGGCAGCGACUGCAUGCUAUGAUAUGUGUUGGCACUGGACACCACACCAAGGGCUCCCGCAUCCCCGCCAGGCUCACUGUCG